UCUGUAUGCUCCUAUUUCUGUAGAAUGGCUAUGACGAGAAUCCCUAUUAUCUAAGCCACUAUCGUCGGAUGACUCACUCAGACUGACGGCACCCGCCCCAAUACAUCCUGCCGUAUGAUUCACUGCAUGAUAUCUUAAGCUUUUUCGUUCACUCUCACCAAAAAUAUUUUCUUCUUCACUCUUGUUCACUCUUCUUCACGCUAAGUUACCUUUCAUCCACCUGCAAAUUUCACCACAUUGCGAAUCGUCACCUAACUUUCGUUACCUAUCAUCACUUAACUCUCAUCACCUAUUCCUUGAAAGAAUAAUCAUGAGCACCACGGCCGUCAUUGACGGAAAAGCCAAGAGCAUGGCAAACUUGGACCACUCAGACGAUGAACACUUCUCCGAUUGCCCUCCCGCAGACGUGUAUGAUCGGGGCCACUCUGCUACUGUUCACACUCUGUCUACGUCUUCCGGAGAACUAAGCCAGCAUCGUCAAGGUGACCGUCGUAGACCAACCUAUGCCUCAUUCUAGGAACCUGAGCGCAAGAGUAUGGAACGUGACCCCAGUCCGCCUCAUCCCGCAGGCCCUCGUCGCCCUACUAUUGUCAUCCAAGAGCCUACCCCUCCCGAGUCAGCAGGCGCCGCGGGUCGUAAGCAGACACGCAAGCAUGAUGAGGACAAGCUCAAGGAACCGUCCAAGAAACCAGACCAGAAGCACCGAAGCUAUCACGCCGCUACAGAAGCUGCCCAUCCAUCCGCCACUCAGGAUAACGACAAAAACAACGACAAGGGCAAGGGUAAAGAGGACAUCGAUGCGACCAACAAUGACAACGACCAAGAACCUCGUCGCCACCUCCGCUACCACAUUACCCAUCAACACCACUACCAUAUUCACCACCAUCAUUAUCACACGAACUACCUCCCCGGCACCGACGUCCCGCAGCGCCGCCGCAGCGAGACGAAGCACCAGUGGUACGCGCCGCCUCCCGGGUAUCGUGAUAUGCACGGCUAUGUUCAGAUGCCCAGCCGCCAGGGCGCGCCCGUGCAGUCUAAGGACCCUCACGCGCCUCCUCCUGCGCAGCAGCAGCAUGAGGUCCGCGCCCACGAUUACGGCUACGAGCACGACCAUGACCAUGACCAUGACUACCACCAGACGGCGACUCAGCAUCAAGUGCGUGAUGCCGAGAAGCAAGCGACGUACGCCGUUCCCCAGCGUCGCAAGUCGGGCAAGGGAUCCCGCCAUCGAGAAGCUUACUCACGAUAUGCCCCUGCUGUCGCUGCUGUCGCCGCUGCUACCCAGAACAAGGACGCACCUAAGCUCCACCCUAAGGCUCAGAUGUACGAGGCCCAAGAGCGUCAAGGCAAGGAGCACUUGGAUGACCAGACCUACCGCCGUCACCACCACCAGACAAUGCGCUCGUACCCCGAUGCCUCGAAGCUAGCUCACGGGUCCUCGCAGCGCCAGAGCCAGAGUCAGAGUCAGCGCCGACGCUCCGCUCCCAUUCCCAUUCCUCAGGUCGCACAUGAUUUCAAUGCCGUCUCGGGCCUCGCCGCGCGCCGCGCGCACAAGAAGCAUCGCGGCUUCGGCGAGCGUGAGCGUGGACAUGGUCGCGAACAUGAGCAUGGACAUGGCCGCGAGUAUGAGUACGGGUACAAGAAGCGCAGACACUCGUACUCUCCGCCGUCGGUGGCUUCGGUGUGUCCUGAUGAGAGUAUUAGUCAGAUUCGGGGUGGUCGUGCGGAUAAGGGUAUGGGUAAGAAGAAGGGAAAGAAGGAGAAAGGAAAGGGAGGGAAGGGUGAGGGUGAGAGUGAGGGCUCGCAGUCGAAGCUCAAGUCUAAACUGCGCAAGUAGGUCUUGCGCAUGCUAGAAUAGGCGGCGGGUGUGAUGAGCGCGGACUAUCCUGCCUACCUAUGUACCUGCCCACAUAGGUAUAAGGGGCAGACGGCGGUAGCGCAUAUUUAUGCACACGAUUAUGCGCUCCUGAACGCACCGAAAGGGAAGGAAGAGUGGAGGGAAGAAACAGAAGCACAUUAGCAGGAAGGAUAACGGGUCGGGCGUUUUAGCUAUCAUUGGCACUGACAGCAUUACACUAAUCUUUGCUCACGAGCUGAGAACGGGCUGAAAGGAGCAGGAAUGAAAGAACAACGAGGGGAAACGGUCAGUGGCAGGUAACUGGCAUUUUUAUUCACAGAUGAGGCUCGACGGGCAUAUUGCACAGUUGACAUACCUCACCUCAGCUAUCGGUGGUCAGGUAUGGGCUUGCAUUAGAUAGCUUCGUACUUUCAUAAAAUCUCCACUCAUUCAGACUCGAA